GGGAACAGCUGCGUCGGUGGGGGGAUGGAGGAGGUGGGUUCGUGAUGGGCCAGGUGUCGUCGGGGUCUCAGGGGAAUCUGAUGAUGAUGCAGCAACAGAGACAGGCCUCUCUUCCCAGGACCAUGUCUGUCAAGAGCAUUCACAGUGUGGGGAAGGGCAUGGAUAUCUACGAUGGACAGAUGGACAUGACUGGCAGCAUGGGAAACCUCAGUGGGAUUAAUAACUUGGACAGCACGGCGGUGAGGUACCUGAAAGAGGACGAUGCUGACAUGCAGGUUCUGGGAGCAGCUUAUAUUCAACACGAAUGCUACAACAACAGCGAUUCCAAGAACCAGGUGCGGCAAUAUAAGGCCAUCCCGGAGCUGGUGAGGCUGUUCAACAGUGAGAACCAGGAGGUGGCUCGCUACGCCACAGGGGCUAUGAGGAACGUCAUCUAUGAGAACAUGGACAACAAGAUGUCUCUCAUCGAGGAGGGAGGAAUUCCACAGCUCAUAAAUGCUCUGAAGGAGAAUGACGACGAGCUACGCAAGAACAUCACAGGUAUUCUGUGGAACCUGUCAUCCAAAGACAACCUGAAGGAGAAACUAGCCAAGGAGACGCUAGCUGAGCUCACAGAGACGAUCCUGAUCCCGCUCUCAGGAAGUGGAGACUCUGAGGUCAUCCAGCAGAGCCCCUCUGAGGUUGACAUCUUCUACAACACCACCGGAUGUCUCAGGAACCUGAGCUCAGUGAAUGAGAAGACCAGACGUCAGAUGCGCGAGACCAACGGUCUGGUGGAUGCCCUGGUAGGAUACAUCCAGGCCUCGGUACAGGAUGGCAAGGUGGAGGAAAAGGGUGUGGAGAACUCUUUAUGUGUUCUGAGGAACCUCUCCUACCAACUGUACAGUGAGAUCCCGCCCUCAGCCCAGCUACGUCUGGAAGGACCAACCAGAGGCCAGGAAACAAGCAGGAGUGAAGCCAUUGGUUGCUUUACCCCUCAGAGCAAGAAAGUCAAAGAUAGGAAGAACCAGGACAUGGCUACGUUCACGGAGGUGGCCCGUGUACCCAAGGGUCUGGAGUGGCUGUGGCACCCCCAGGUGGUGGGGCUGUAUAACAGCGUGCUGCAGGGCUGUGAGAAUAACUCCACUACCCGCGAGGCUGCAGCCGGGGCUCUGCAGAACAUCACCGCAGGAGACAAGAGGUGGGCGGAGGUGCUGAGUCAUGUGGCUCUGGAGCAGGAGAGGAUACUUCCUGUGAUGUUGGACAAACUGAGGACCAAUAAUGACCUGGAGCUGAGAUCCCUCACCGGCUUCCUCAGAAACCUGUCACGCCAUGCCAAGGACAAGAACGCCAUGGCCACAAAGGUAGUGAACAACCUGGUGACCGAACUGCCUGCUGACGGUCAGCAGAGGGAGCCGUCGAGCGACGUGGUGGUCAACAUCUGUGGAACGUUGAACAACCUGGUGACCUCCAGCUCCAUCGCAGCCCGGGACAUCGCCUUCUUCAACGGGCUGCAGAAACUAGUGGCCAUUAAGAACUGCCACGACAGCAGCCCUGGGAAGCUGAAAGCAUCCAAAGCAGCGCCACAGUCCUCUGCAACAUGUUCCAAUACAAGAAGCUGCACAAGGACUACAAACAGAAAGGAUUCACACGACCUGACUUUGCAGACGUGACCAUCUGAAAAGGAACUCUCUUUCUGUCAAGUGGCUGGAAACACGUGAACACUUCAGUGAUCAAGGACCGUCUGUCAAACUGAGAACAUGGAGUUAGAUGGACUACACUACAGAGUUAUAUGGACUACACUAUAGAGUUAGAAGGACUACACUACAGCGUUAGAUGGACUACACUAUAGAGUUAGAUGGACUACACUAUAGAGUUAGAUGGACUACACUAUAGAGUUAGAUGGACUACACUAUAGAGUUAGAUGGACUACACUAUAGAGUUAGAUGGACUACACUAUAGAGUUAGAUGGACUACACUAUAGAGUUAGAUGGACUACACUAUAGAGUUAGAUGGACUACACUAUAGAGUUAGAUGGACUACACUAUAGAGUUAGAUGGACUACACUAUAGAGUUAUAGAUGGACUACACUACAGAGUUAGAUGGACUACACUAUAGAGUUAGAUGGACUACACUAUAGAGUUAGAAGGACUACACUAUAGAGUUAGAUGGACUACACUAUAGAGUUAGAUGGACUACACUAUAGAGUUAGAUGGACUACACUAUAGAGUUAGAUGGACUACACUAUAGAGUUAGAUGGACUACACUAUAGAGUUAGAUGGACUACACUAUAGAGUUAGAUGGACUACACUAUAGAGUUAUAGAUGGACUACACUACAGAGUUAGAUGGACUACACUAUAGAGUUAGAUGGACUACACUAUAGAGUUAGAUGGACUACACUAUAGAGUUAGAUGGAUUACACUAUAGAGUUAUAGAUGGACUACACUACAGAGUUAGAUGGACUACACUACAGAGUUAGAAGGACUACACUAUAGAGUUAGAUGGACUACACUAUAGAGUUAGAUGGACUACACUAUAGAGUUAGAUGGACUACACUAUAGAGUUAGAUGGACUACACUGUAGAGUUAUAGAUGGACUACACUACAGAGUUAUAGAUGGACUACACUACAGAGUUAGAAGGACUACACUAUAGAGUUAUAGAUGGACUACACUACAGAUUUAGAAGGACUACACUAUAGAGUUAGAAGGACUACACUAUAGAGUUAGAUGGACUACACUAUAGAGUUAGAUGGACUACACUACAGAUUUAGAAGGACUACACUAUAGAGUUAGAUGGACUACACUAUAGAGUUAUAGAUGGACUACACUAUAGAGUUAGAUGGACUACACUACAGAUUUAGAAGGACUACACUAUAGAGUUAGAUGGACUACACUACAGAUUUAGAAGGACUACACUAUAGAGUUAGAAGGACUACACUAUAGAGUUAGAUGGACUACACUAUAGAGUUAGAUGGACUACACUACAGAUUUAGAAGGACUACACUAUAGAGUUAGAUGGACUACACUACAGAGUUAGAUGGACUACACUACAGAGUUAGAUGGACUACACUACAGAGUUAGAAGGACUACACUAAAGAGUUAGAAGGACUACACUACAGCGUUAGAUGGACUACACUACAGAGUUAGAUGGACUACACUACAGAGUUAGAUGGACUACACUAUAGAGUUAGAUGGACUACACUACAGAGUUAGAUGGACUACACUACAGAGUUAGAUGGACUACACUACAGCGUUAGAUGGACUACACUACAGAGUUAGAUGGACUACACUAUAGAGUUAGAUGGACUACACUACAGAGUUAGAUGGACUACACUAUAGAGUUAGAUGGACUACACUAUAGAGAUAUAGAUGGACUACACUACAGAGUUAGAAGGACUACACUAUAGAGUUAUAGAUGGACUACACUACAGAUUUAGAAGGACUACACUACAGAGAUAUAGAUGGACUACACUACAGAGUUAGAAGGACUACACUAUAGAGUUAUAGAUGGACUACACUACAGAGUUAGAUGGACUACACUACAGAGUUAGAUGGACUACACUAUAGAGUUAGAUGGACUACACUAUAGAGUUAGAAGGACUACACUACAGAGUUAGAUGGACUACACUAUAGAGAUAUAGAUGGACUACACUACAGAGUUAUAGAUGGACUACACUACAGAGUUAGAAGGACUACACUACAGAGUUAGAUGGACUACACUACAGAGUUAUAGAUGGACUACACUACAGAGUUAUAGAUGGACUACACUACAGAGUUAUAGAUGGACUCUAAAGACAGUGACAAUAAAGAUGGAACCUGUACAGGGACGUCCUGGUGUUGUUCUAUGAUGCCAACGGAUCCUCACCUCCCCUUGUUUUAAUGCCGUAUGUAUUCAAUGCUGUAUGUUUGAAUGUUUUAUGUUGAACGCUGUCUGGACUUUAUGGUGGAUUCAGGGACUUUAUCUCUCUUAAUGCAACAAAUCAUACUGCUGUAACUAAUCAUGACUCUUACAGUUUCUCCUGCCCCACCCAGAAAUGGUUUGGCAUCAAUCCCAAAGACCUCUGUGCUCCGUUAUGUUAACCUGGUCCCAGAUCUGUUUGUGCUGUACAGCCAACUCCUAUGGUCAUUGUCACAAGACGGCACACAACUGAUCUGGGACCAGCCCCCACCCAUGGCUGACUACAGAUAGCAGCUACUGUAAGGGACGGCUUUCUCUGUGGAAUGAAACUGUUCUCUUUCAUACACCAUAAAUGGUGCUUGUACUAAAAGUGGUUGAAUUAUU